AUGGUGGACUUGUCCAACAAUCACUUCCAUGGUGCAAUUCCAUCUUCAUUCUUCGGACGAGCUAGGAAUUUGACUAGUUUUAGUGUCAGGAACAACACCUUCUCAGGUUCUAUCCCAUCCUCUAUUUGUCUUCAUUCUUCUCCCCUGAUCAGGCUGUUGGAUUUUUCCUUCAAUGAAUUCAGCAGCAAUAUUCCUGCUGGACUAGGGAAGUGUGCCAAACUGCAAGUUUUUCGUGCUGGUUACAAUAACCUCUCAGGAUCACUUCCAGAAGAUAUCUAUAAUGCUACCACACUUGAAGAAAUAACAUUACCUAGUAAUGCUAUUCGUGGAGACAUUAAGGAGGAAAUUGUCAACCUCACCAACCUUACAAUCCUUGACCUCUAUCUCAAUCAAUUCAGUGGCAUGCUCCCGAUGAAUAUUGGGAAGCUCUCCAAAUUGAAUUCAUGCUUCUUCAUUCCAACAAUCUAA